AUGGGUAUUUCAGCGUUCAAGUUCUACUGGGUUCCACUGGCCCCUGGUGUGAAACGAAGCGAUCAUCAGGUUCGCGUUGCUCAUCAGGUCGCUGCCUGUUUCACCAUACCGAACCCACAAAACUAUGCGAAGGGGGAGGAAUUACACUCUUGUAUGGAGGCCGAGGUGUGCUGUGAACAGUCCACUUCUAAUCGUAGUCGGAACCAUGCAGAGCACUAUGUGUUCAUUCGCGUUCCAUAUUCAAUGUUGAAACAGUGCGCCGUUUCUCUUCGUCCGGAUCUGAAAGACGACGAACGCACACUCGACGAAGCCAUCAGCUCCUUGACACCGGGUCAAUUAGCCUGGUUAUCGGAACUGACCCUUCGGUCGUAUGCAGUUAAUGGCGACGAAUUCUCGAAGCUGCUUCGCUUGAUCUGCCACUCUUCAUCUGAUUCGAUCGAUACCACAUCAGCACGCCCUAACCUAUUCGCUCUUCAGCAGUUGGGUGUAAUCUCCGAAGUCGCAUUGUCCCAUAAUCAGGCAUUGCGGCGGCAACUUUGGCGCGAUACUUAUGGCACCUGCAGCUGGUAUCCCAAUGCGGAUGCUUUGCGUGUUUAUUUUGGCGAUUCCGUUGGAUUCUAUUUCACUUGGAUGCGAACCUACUCCUUGUUCUUACUGGCUCCUACUGUCAUGGGGGUCGUGUGUUAUCUAGUCUGUAGUCUGGUUUCUCUUCUCAGCGAUGGUGUGAUCGAUACUGACGAUCCGAGCGUGUUCUCCUCAUCCGCCUCUCCUUGGUUGAUUCUUGUACACUCGUGCUUCACGCUGUUCACAAUACUUUGGGCACUGGUUUGCACCAAACUAUGGUCCAGACAAUAUUCCGUGUUGGUAGAGCAUUGGUCUGGCAACCCUUUGCUUGAAAGGAUAACCAACGAUAUGGCCUGGAUGUUUACCGCGUUGGACAAACGUCCACAAUAUCGUGGUGAAUUGCAACGCAGCCGUAUCACUGGACGCAUGGAGGUACAUUUUCCAGCACGCAAACGACGUUUACGCUAUUUGGUGUCCACAGUGGUUAUUUUGACGUGUCUUCUCCUCGCCGGCUUUGUACAUGUGCUCCUGCUGAAUCUUGAAGGUUACGUGACCGAAGCGAGGUCGCCUCUACUCUACUUUGUCCACGUUGGGUCGUACGCACAACAAGGGGCAGUUUUCGACCCUUCAGGUUCCGGUGUCCUUCCGUAUUUGCCGGGGAUUUUUCAUUCCCUUCUACUGUUUGUGAUGAAUCAGAUCAUCUUCUAUCAGAUUGCCCAAGCACUCACAGAAUUCGAAAAUCAUGAGGGGAACGAGGCGUACAAUCGUGCGUUCGUAGUUAAACGCUUCUUCUUUGAGGCUCUCGAUGCGUACGGUUGUCUGGCUUACCUCGGUUUUGUCCUGGCGGAUCGAGAAGCUCUACAAUCUCUUCUUCUGACGAUGCUCAUCACUGACUGUGCUCGCCGGUUUUGUCUAGAAUGUUUGAUUCCUUUUGUGAUUUAUCGAAUUCGUCUGUUGCAAGCGAGUCGUGACAUUGCGAAGGAAAAACGGGGGGCGGAUCAUGCUGGCGACGUUUCAGAGACCAACAACGACUCGCACAUCCCACUUAAUAAAGACUUGUGUGCAGAUGUCUACGAGCCGUUCGACGAUUAUCUCGAAAUGGUCUUACAGCACGGCUACCUUGUAACAUUCGCCUAUGUGUGUCCAAUGCUGGCCCCAUCAGUCGCAUUCCUAUCUACCUUCGUGGAGUGUCACUCGGAUGCGUUGAAAAUGCUUCUUGUCGUCAGGCGGCCUCUUGCUCGCCCUAUUCUUCGACGAACUUUCAUUUGGUUGGCUUUGUUAGCCGCCCAAGCCUGGUUGUCCAUACCCACUAAUGUCGGCCUGUUUAUCGCUUCGCUACACACUUCAUCAGAGGAUUUAGGUGUCUCUUUUGGCCUGUUAUACCUGCUUUUAGAGCAUGGAUUAGUUCUUGUUGGUUUGGCCAUCCAUUUCUUCAUCUCAGAUGUUCCAGUUGACGUUCGAGCAGCGCGACAUGCUCGCGAGCUGAAACGAAAUAAGAUGUUUUAACCGGAGACAACAAACCUCUCCUGAGUGCCCAUCCCUGUCUCUGUGAUCACUAUUUACCAGUGCCCUUGAUCAUGAUUUCCUUGCUCCAAUCUGUCUCGGAACUUUGUCGCUUUCUACAAAUUCCCCACAAUAUCCCAUUUGUUUUCGA